AUGCUCUGCGUCGCGUCUUACUCGUUUCUAACUCGCUUGUUUUCAGAGCCUGUACCAGGCCGUGUCGCUAAGAGCCUGUGGUCGUGUCCGACGUGGCAGGGAUUCUUGUACGAGGAGCCGUCGGGGUACUUCGGCACGGCAACGGAGGAGGCCGUCAUCAAGUGGCAGACGAGCAACGCGCUGGUGCCGGCGCGCGGCAUAGUGGGGUACUCGUCGCGCGUGGCGUACGCGCGGAAGCACGGGCUGCCCACCACGGAGCAGCUGCGCGCCAUGGAGAAGGCCGCCGAGGGGUGUGAGGUGCGGCGGUGCAUAGAGAUCGAUGCGCACAAGCGGAACGGCAUGGAGCUCUGGGAGCGAUGCCUAGCGUGCGUUCCUCACUCACCUCCCCUCCCCUUGCUCUCUCGUCCCCCCUCGCACCCCCUCCCUGCCUCCCCCCUCCUCUCGCUUUGCCCCUCUCCGCUGCUCCGCGUGUCCAUCUGCGCACCACCUCUUGCCCCCCACGCCUGCUCUACUGCUUGCUUGCGUGCCUGCACCUGUGCUGCACGCUUCGCACUCCAUUCCUCGCGCCGCCUGCUGCUGUGCUCUCUGCUUCAGGCGGACAAGAAGGCGGAGGUGAUAGAGUUCUGUUGUGAGCUGGUGGGAAACCAGGAGAUUUUCCGCACCAAGCGGCGUAUCGACGGUGGGCUCCCACGCCGUCGAGAUCACGCCAGCCCGCGCGGAGUCGCCGUUCGAGCGUCGGUCGAAAUGACCGAAGCGGAGAAAGAGGGUUGGCGGAAACGGCGGAACGAGGCAGCGGAGGAGGCGGCGCAGAAGGCGGAGAAGGAGGCGGAGGCGGCGGAGGCGGGCACGGUGGACGAGUGGCGGUGGACGCUCAACUGGAACCACAUCCUGCCCAACCUCAUCGUCGGCUCCUGCCCUCGCUCGCCGGACGACGUUGACCGCAUAGCGGACGAGGCGGGGGCGACGGCGAUCCUGAACCUGCAGUCCGACCUCUGCUUCGACGCGCUGCAGAUUCCGUUUGAGAGCAUUCGGGCGCGGGCGGUGGAGCGAGGGGUGCUGCUGGCGCGAGUGCCAAUCAGAGACUUCGACCACGGCGACCAGGCGUUCAUGCUACCGGAGGCGGUGCGGGUGGUGAACGUGCUGCUGCACCGCGGGCACACGGUGUACGUGCACUGCACGGCGGGCAUCAACCGCGCGUCGCUCACGUGCGUGGCGUACCUCUACUUCGUGCAGGGGCUGCGCCGCGACGAGGCUGUCACGCUCGUCAAGAAUGCUCGCCCCAUCGCGCACCCGUACCUGGACUGCCUGGCGGACGCCAAGCGGCGGCUGCUGGAGGGGCGGCAGGAGGAGAUGACGGCGCUGGCCACUCAGAUCUACGAGCAGCGCAACAACGGGGGGCACACCGGCUCCGCCACCUCUGAUUGGUCCGCCGCCCAGACGACUGCCAUAGCAGCAUCCUUCCGCAAGUUCCUCGAGGUCGACAAUGGCCUGCUAUCCAUGGAGGACGACCUGGCAGCAGCGGCAGAGGCGAGGCGGCAGCAGCAGGAGGAGGAGAGCGACGACGAGCGCGGCGAGGCCGUGGCAGCGGAGAUUGAGCGGCUGACAGGGGAGCUGCGGCAGCAGCGGGAGGAGAUCCAGCAGCUGCAGGCGGCGGCGCGGCAGUGGAAGCUGCAGAAGGAGCAGGCGGAGGGCAUGGUGCAGCUGCUGCAGCAGGAGCUGGCCAUGAAAGACGCUGCCGCUGCUGCUGCUGCUGCCGCCGCGGCUGGCGCUGCAGCAGGAGGGGGAGCUAGCAGCUUGAAGGUGGCAGGGAGCACCACCAAUGGAGUUGCUGUGGUAGCGAGUGUGGAAGGGGCCAAUGGUGUUGCCAAUUCAAAGCCCGUGGGAUCUGCAAAGUCUGCAAGUGGCCCACCAGAGUCACUCAAGGUUGCUGAGGAUCUGGUGUCAGCAGCGUUUGCAGCGGCGCGCACGUCGAAGGUGACAACGAUAGUGUGGUUCCGCCGCGACCUGCGCGUCGAGGACAACCCCGCUCUCAUCGCGGCGGCGCAGCAGGGCGCGGUGGUGCCGCUCUUCGUGUGGUCCCCGGAGGAGGAGGGACAGUUCUUCCCCGGCCGCGUGUCGCGCUGGUGGCUGCGCAACUCGCUCUCGCAGCUGCACGCCGCGCUCACGGCUCUGGGCGUGCCGCUGUUCAUGCGGCGCGCCAAGUCGACCCUGGCGGUGCUGCUGGAAGUCAUGGCGGCCACCGGCGCCACGCAGGUCUUCUACAACCACCUCUACGGUGCGCUGCCCUCCGCCCAUCGCCCCUCCCUGUUUCCGUGCAUGGGCUUCUCAAAUCUGGCCCUUUCCUUCUCGUCCCUCCAUUACCCCGCGUCGUUGGUGCGCGACCACCGCGUGAAGCAGGAGCUGAGUCGGCGCGGAGUGGUGGUGCGCUCGUUCAACGCGGAUCUGCUCUUCGAGCCCUGGGAGAUCUUCGACGACCACGGCAAGGCCUUCACCACCUUCCGCUCCUUCUGGCGCCACUGCCUGCACCACCCGCGCCCCUCGCGCCCCGACCCGCCGCUCCCCGCGCCCGCGCGCCUGUGCGGGCCGCUGGGGUUCGUGCGGAGCGUGGCGGUGGACCUGCUGGGGCUCGAGGCGGACGACGAGCGCCCCAGCAACGACCUGCUCGCGCGCGCCUGGCUGCCCGGCUGCACCAACGCGGACCGCGCGCUCGUCGCGUUCCUGCACGGGCCGCUGCUCGAGUACGCCGCGAACCGCAGCAAGGCGGACAGCGCGACGACGUCGCUGCUCUCCCCGCACCUGCACUUCGGCGAGAUCUCCGCGCGCCGCAUCUUCCACGAGUGCCAGCGCCUCAGCGUCGCGUGGCAGAAGGACGGCCUUCCGCGCGCGGCGGAGAGCGUCGCGCAGUUCGUGCGCGCGCUGGGCUUCCGCGAGUACUCGCGCUACCUCUCCUUCAACUUCCCCUUCACGCACGAGCGCUCGCUCCUCGCGAACCUCAAGCACUUCCCGUGGCGCGUGGACGAGCACAUGUUCAAGCUAUGGCGGCAGGGGCGCACGGGGUACCCGCUCGUCGACGCGGGGAUGCGCGAGCUGUGGGCGACGGGGUGGCUGCACAACCGCAUCCGCGUGGUGGUGGCGUCGUUCUGCGUGAAGUUCCUGCAGCUGCCGUGGCGGUGGGGCAUGAAGUACUUCUGGGACACGCUGCUCGACGCCGAUCUCGAGGCCGACGUGCUGGGCUGGCAGUACAUCAGCGGCUCGCUGCCCGACGGCCACGAGCUGGAUCGCAUGGAUGAUCCCGAGGAGGACGGGUAUCGUUUUGACCCCGAGGGGGAAUACGUGCGGAGAUGGGUGCCGGAACUCGCGCGCGUGCCGACGGAUUGGAUCCACCACCCGUGGGACGCGCCGCCCGUCGUGCUGCGCAUGGCGGGGGUGGAGCUCGGCGCGAAUUACCCGCGGCCGGUGCUUGAUGUGCUGACGGCGCGGCAGCGGCUGCAGGAGGCGGUGGAUACGAUGUGGCAGCGCGAGGCGGCGCUGAAGGCGGCGGCCGCCAACGGGUGCGAUGAGGGGCUGGGCGACACGGAGGAGGUGCUCGUCGCGUUCUCGCGCGCGCCCGACCACCGCCUGCCCAUGCGCGUGCACACCGCGCUCGUGCGCCCCGAGCUCAGCUGCGCCAACGGCGCCUCCGCCCCCGCCGCGUCGCACAGCACGCUGGUGGCCAGCGCGAGGGGCGGCGGAGGGGGGUUGGCGCGCUCCGCGUCGUGCGACUCCGCCGCCGCCAGUGGGGUCGGGCCGUGGCGCGGGCCUGCGGAUAACGGGGAGGGGGAGGCGCAGGGGGUGCGCGCGGGCGGGGAGGAACUCCCCCUGGCUGUUCAGAUGGAGGCGGCAGCGGCGGCGGUGAUGGCGGCGGACAGGGCGGGGAAGGCGGCGCGAGGACCGGCGGAGGGGGAGUGCGGGGAGGCGAAAAAGCAAGUUGCGGAUGGAGAACCGGCGGAACUGGCGGCGGGGAGAGCGGACGGCGCGGACGGGGGGGCCGGUGCGGGCGGGGCUGCGCCGGGCGUGGUCCCGUGGAACGACCAGAUGGUGCCGUACUUCCCUUCCCCCGCCACCAUCCAGGCCGCGGAAGCCAUUCUCGCGGGGGACGCCGCCGCCGCCGCGCACGCCAUGCAGGCGGAAGGCGUGCAGCCGCCGUUCCCCAAGGACGCGCCGGCGGAAGAGAAGGGCACUCGCCCCCCUGCGCCGGGGGCGCCGGAGCAGCCGGCUGCGGGGAAGGGGAACGUGGCGGGCGGGGCGACGUCGGCGCUGCCGCGCUGGGCGGCAGUUCUGGGCGGGCAGGGCGGGGCAGCCGGGCACGGGACGGCGGAAGGGCUGUCCCCGUCCGCGCGCGUGUCCAGUCUGGUGGAACUGCAGCUGUUCCCCUCUGCCCCGCGCCCUGCCCCCGCCGAUGGGGCGCGUGCGCCGAAGGGGAAAGUGGCGGAAGGAUCGAAGAAGGACGGUGGGGGGACGCCGGGGAAGGAAGGCGGGGGAGUGCUGGGGAAACGCGGGUUCAGUAACGUGUGGGGAGAUGACACGCCGUUCCCAUCUACCAUGUUCCGAAGACAGCAGCAGCAGCGGCUGGCGGCGGGCAAUGCCACGAAUGCGCGCGACCGCUGCAAUGCGCCCAACGACCCCGCCGGUGCAACUAGGGCGGCGCCAGGCGCAGCAGUCGCGGAUGCAGCUGCGCCAGGCGCGGCGGAGCAGCAGAGGGGCGGGGCGGGCAGGGAGGCGGGCGGGGCGGGGGGCGGGGCGGGGGCGCUGUACGCGGGGCCGACAGGGCGCGUGGCGCUGACAGGCCUGCCGUUCCGCGUGAGCGCCAUGGCAGAGGCGGGCGCCACCAGCACUGGCGGCGCUGGCGGGGACGGCAGAAUACCUCACGCCCACACGCACGCCCACGCACAGGGGCAGGCACAGGCGCAUGUGCAGGCGCAUGCACAAGCGCAGGCGCAGGCAGAGGUGGAGGCACAGGCGCAGGCGGAGAUAGAGGCGCAGAUAGAGGCACAGCUGGGCGGACAUGCUGCUGCAGCAGCUGCCGCAGCAGCGGCAGCGGGCCGGGCGCAGCAGCGGGGGCUGCGGUCGCCACAACGGAGCAAGCCCGAGCGGCUCUCCAGUGAGGAUGCGGCAGCAGCAGCCAUGGGCAAGAAGGGGUGGGGCCCACUCACCUUCCUCUCCCUCGUGUCGCCACACCUACCGCACCACCAGCACCACCCAGCAGACCCCCACGCCCUGCCCACCUUUCCCCCGGCCGCUGCUCUGCAAGAAGGGGUGGUGCCCAGGCAGCACAUCCGCCUCUUCCCCUCCUGA